GGCUACCGUACUUGGCUGUAAACUAAGCGACCACAUUACGCAUGCGUAUUACAACUAAUGUUGCCAAAACACCAACUGGACCUUUUACUCAGCUGUUUUUCAGCGCCAUCGCGGCUACACUUUUCUUCAGCUUCGUGUAAAUGUGCUGUACUUUAAAGUUUGAUAUUUAACGACGGACCCCACCAGUUUGUUUGUUCUGAGGUAACACUCUCUCCACAGCUUCCUCCGAUCAUGUCUAAAAAGUAUACUUAUAGGACCCCGCCCAAUGACACAGACCUUAGACCGAAUCAUCGAUCACGCAGCUCCUCAGAACACCAUCUCAACUCAGUGGAUCUUGACUAUGGCAGUACGGUACGACUGCAGGAGUCUUCGUCGUCCUACUCUUCCUCCACCAGAGGUUCGUGGUCACAAGAAAACGCUCUCCACAUCCUCAACAGCUGCGGUCUGGAGCCUAGUGAUCUGUCUCUUCUCGCCAAGCUGCCUGAGGCUGUCCUCACCGUGGAAACACUGCCUCAACUCCUGAAAGAGAUCAAAGGGACGAAAGGGGCAGUCAAUCUCUCUGCCCCAAAUCUUUACUCCACCUCUCACUCCUCUUCAUCCUCCCAUUCUCAACCUCCAACCCCCACCUUUCAGCCUGCAGCCAGCUCCUCUAACAGCGACUGGGAUCAGCGCCGCAGUGGGCACAUCGGGUACCCGCAGGUCACAUCUAGUCUUACAUCAGAUGCUCAAGACAGCUGGGGGAACUAUACCCCCAGCAGCUCCGUCAGGGUAAAUACAACAUACUCUUCAUCAUCUGGCUUCACAGUGGAUUAUCAACACAGAUCAGGACCCCGUGAAUUUGGUAAGGUUGACAGAGCUGGUCCAGAGCAAACCGCAGAUUUUUUUAGGUCGGCAGGAUCGUCAUACAUCUCCAAACCAUCAGCUGCGUACAGGUCAGAGUCUCCUCCCAAGAAGUUCCAACCUUCUCGGAGGAGACACCCAGAGCCUGACACGUCUACCAGCAGGAGCAAGUGGCCCGGCUCUACUUACACUGUUACCACCACAACCCCAACUCCCAUCGCUGCAGCAUCUGUUGCUGCGUUACCCUCCAGGCAAGAAGCUGUGGACUUCCAUGGAACAGUCCCACAGGUGUUUCCAUAUUCGUGCUCUCUCUGCGAUAUCACUGUGCUGUCAGAGAAGAAUUGGAAUGGACACAUCAACGGUGGUGUACAUGCAGACAGACAGCUUCAGCUGCUGCAGCGGUUUCCUAACUGGGACUGUCGUUUGGAGUCAAUCAGCAGUGCUGACAACCAAUCAGAGAAGAGGACAGAUGGAUGGCGACCCACCAAGCCUCUGCAGGCAGACAAGUCGCGGUCAAACAAACAGCCUUCAGAUAAGUGUUUUACCUUCAAGGUCUCAGAAAAGGGUAAAGUGGUGUGUGUGAAGUUUCCUGCUCAGUCUGUGGAUGAAGCUUACCUAAGGAAACUGACAGAACCUUUUGGAAAUAUCGUCAAGAUCCUGAUGUUUCCAUCUUUGGCGUUUGUGGAGCUCGGCUCAAACGAUCAGGCCAAGGAUCUGGUAAAAUACCACAUCAACUAUCCUCCAACUGUGAACGGACAGCUGAUAGAGUUCAGCAUCUCCAACACUUUCAGCUUCCUGCAGAGUUCAAACGUCGUCAGCUUCAUUCCAUCCCCAGCAGAUGAACAUGGCAAAUCAGAUCUGCUCAGCAUCGUCAAACGCUUUGGAACUCCAUUCUACACACUAUUCCUGCCGUCCAGGGCAUUUGUCGAGAUGAAAAAUGCUCCUGAAGCCCAGAAGCUGGUGGAUUAUUAUUCUUCUAACUCUCUGAGGAUCAACAACGACGUCAUCAAAGUUUCCUUCUCAGAAGAAUAUAAAACCCUCACGAAAACUGCUUCAGCUAAAAAGUACGAGGAGGAGGUUGUACACAGCAAGAGGCCCAGGACUAGCCCAGAACGAGAGGGAAAAUCAGAGAGUAAAAAGAGGAGAUCCAGAGAUAAAUCAACAUCUAGAGAUAGGUCCAGGUCCAGGCAGGACUCUGGGUCUAGGAGUAUGUCCAGAAACCUGAGGUCCAGAUCUAAGGAAAAGUCCACAUCAGGAGGAGAAUCCAGUACACAUGGGAGGUCUAGGUCCAGAGAUAGGUCGAAGUCGAGGGACCUCACAUCCAGCAGAAAUGGGAGGUCCAGAUCCAGAAACGAAUCUAGUCAGAGCCAAAGGUCUAAAUCCAAAGACAAGUCUGAUGUCCAAGAUAGCAAAGACAGAAGGACACGGACCAGGUCCAGGUCGCCUGUUUCUAAAUCAACUGAAAAAAAGGUUGAACAAGAGAAAGUAGAGUCAGCAGGGUCUCAGCACAGCACAGAUGCAGGAGCAACUACGAUCAAAGAGACCAAGCCUGAAACUGCAGAGAAGGAGCAAAGUACAGGCCAGAGCGACACGAAAGAGGAAGAGUUCUCAGAAGAGGGGAGCGACAUCGAGGGGAUGGAGGUGAUUGGAGAGGAUGGAGAAAAUCUGGGGGAAGAAGAAGAAGAAGAAGAGGAGGAGGAGGAAGAGGAGAAUCCAGCUGAACAUGAACAAAGGGAGAGUAACAGUGAAGCAGGACAGCCAGCAGGAGAAGAGCUAAAAGAUGAACAGAAUAACUCUUCAACAGAAAAGAGUGAUGUGCUAGAGAAAAAAGGUCCAGCAACGGAGGUGAUUCAACAUCUAAUGAAAGAGGAGGUGGUGGUAAUGGAGAACCAUUCAUCGGAGAAAACUGAAACGUGUGAAGAGGAGAAUUAUCAAAAGGAGCCAGUAGAAGAAAAAUCCACUAGUGAAAGCAUGGAAAGAGAAUCUCAGCAGGAUGACGAGGAGGACACCGAUUUUCCAUGGAACCUGGAGAACUGCAUCACUUUAGACGAGCUAGAAGAGGAAGAGUCCGGAACUGAAGAACUGUCUCUUGAGAAGGAAGGACAGAACUCAAUUUGCAGUGAUGCUCAGGAAAAAGAUACAGGUUCAAGGAAAUCUCUUGAAAAAGAAUCCACUUCAAGGAAAGCUCAAGGCAACAAUUCCAGUACUACAGAGGAUCUUGAGAGUAAGCCCACUAGGACCUCAGAAACAGACUGCAUUUCCAAGAAGUCUCCAAAUGUAGAAUUACAAAACCAAAAAAUGCCAGAAAAAAAAUUAACUUCUGCUCAGGCUCUGAGAACAGAAUCAGAAGUCAUGGUCAAUUUAGCUGCUGAACAGGAGACAGAAAAAAAAAUGUUACAAACAUUAACUUCAGAGGAUGAGCAUUUAACAACAAAAGAGACAGAUGACAACAAACAGGAAACCGAAAAAGUAUUGCACAGUGAAAAGGAGCAGAAGCAGGAAACCAGUCAGAAAAACUACGAAGAAACUGAGGAAGAGGUGGAGGACGGGAACCCAGAUCAACAAAAAAACAAGAAACCUGAUGUCGAUGGACUAAAUUCUAUACAUGUGGACAAGAUGGAAGGGGGCAUCACUCCUGAGCCUGAGAAACCCACCAAACCAGUGGGAACCAAGUUUGUUCGUCCAGUUGUUGGUUAUUUCUGCUCGCUGUGUCAGGUGAUUUAUGCUGACGAGGAUGAGGCUAAACUGCAGCACUGCAGCAGCCUGACACACUACAGGAAGUACCAGGAGGCGACAGGAGUCGAUCCAUGGACAAGUUGAGAAUGAAUCAAUGUCCAAAUAUAAGAAGGAUUUUUCCUGUUUAACUUCUUUAACAUGGGGAGAUAAGGCCUGAUGACACUGUCCUAAUGGUGCAUAUUUAAAAUAAAUUAAUCAUAUCCUUGUUUGAUGUUUAGUUUUGUAAAAAGUUGGAUUAAAAUUUCUUUCUACCAAUUUCUGAUUAGCGUUUUGACAUUUUUAUAAAAUGUGUAACCUGUUGUGUACUACGUGGUGCUUAAUAUUGAAUUCUACUGUGGAAUGGAUGAGUACGAGUGUCAGUAAUCUGUGGCAGAUAAAUAGCAGCAAAGUUCAAAGGGACAGUAGUGGGAUCUGCUAUGAUGUAUGGUUCAAAGACAAUGGCUCUUAACAAGGUGCAGAGAUGAAGAUACUGAGGAUUUUCACUGGGAGUGACCAGGAUGGACAGGAUUAGAAAUGGGCCCAUCAGAAGGACAGUUAAGGUGGUACAAGGUUGAAGUUGCCAAGCAAGAGAAGAUUUGGGGAUGUCAUUAAAUGAAUUCUGAUCUUUUUUUUUUUAUUUAAAAAACAAAACAAAAAACAUACCAACAAACUGAACCACAUUUCUUUAUCUUAUACUAAAUAUCAAACUCUGAUGCUGACCAAGAUGCAAAAAGUCAGUUUUUCCUAAUAUAUCAGCAGUAUAUCAGCUUGCCGACUUCCCUUACGCCACCUUGUUCUAACACGCCAGAGGCUGUUCACCUUGGAGACCUGCUGCGGAUAUGGGUACGGCCUGGCGCGAGAUUUACACCCUCUCCCCCGGAUUUUCAAGGGCCAGCGAGAGCUCACCGGACGCCGCCGUAACCGCGACGCUUUCC